AUGCUACCUGUUUCACGACCUGAGGGCCAUAUGAACCUCAAUUAUAUUCCCACUACUCAACCGAUGUCUGGGACAUCUACGGGGCGCAGCUCCCCGAGCGAUUUGUCCGCUGCCGCCGCUGUCAAGUCGCCCUUUGGACCAAGCGGUUUAAAUGGCGCUGCAGGGUCAAUCGGAAAUGCGAGGCUAGGGGCUGGAUCCCCUUCUCAUGACCUUGGAGCUCGCCUAUACUCGAAAAGAGCACGAGAGAUCCAGGCGGAGGAAGGCGUCUCCCCAAGUAUCUGGGGUCCUCCUACCAGUGGUCAUUCUACCCCGCUUCGCGAGAACAUCCCCGAGUCCCCGAGCCAAGAGGGUUUCCCUGACCUGGUGCCCACUUCAAGUGGUUCGAUCAAUAGCCCUGCACGGAGAGCUAGAGCCGGCACGGUUCCCUCGAGGUUUUCACCCGUUGGUGCGCUGAAUGAGGCAAGCCUUCAACAAUCUUUUAUGUCUCAAACUUCUCGGCCCACGCCGUCGACCAGCCCUUUUCGCCCCUCUGGUGUUUCUGGUAUUGACGCCGGUGCUCCUGCUGCUCCUGCUCCUCCAGCUAGGGGCACAGGUUCUCUGUCGCGUCUCCGAGCUGGUUCGAUGCCCCAGAGGGCAAACUUCCUCGGGUCGUCUAGCCCAUUUGGACCAUCCUUGUUCUCUACUAGUUGGGCUACGGGGCGCGACCGGGCGACCACCCUCACGAGUAUCCGGUCCUCUGAGGGACCCACUUCUCCUAGCCACUCGUCCUUUUCGAGAGACGGACUCACGGACACCGAUGUCAAGACGCUGGACUACCUGGGUCUCGCUGAAACCCCGCAGCAAGCACGAGCCAGUCUUGUGCGACCCUCGGUGGACAUGCUCAUCCAACAGCAGCAACAACAGCAACAUCAGCAGCAGCAAGCGUCUACUCUGCCACCGUUGCUGGCGGAAUUAGCUAUGAUGAAAAACAACAAUAGGUUUCGGUCGUACUCUGUGAACGCUAAGGAAAAGUACGCAGACGAUGAAGACCUUGAGUACGAGAGCCGUUACUCGCAGGUUCCUUCGGGUACUGUUACACCCUCAGCCGCAGCAACUGCUGCCCAGCUGGCUGCUACUCAGGCUCAGAUCCAUCAACACAAUUUGGCCGUCCAAGCAUUUGCUAACCACGCUUCUGUCAAUCGACCGCGGGCUAGAACUGCCGGCAUUCUCGAGGCCCCUCCUCAGCGGUCCUCGAUUCGCAACUAUCUAGCCACUCCUUCGCGCCUUGAGAACAGUUUUAGCGCCGCAGAUUUGAAUAUUGCGGAGAGUGGGGAGUAUGAUGAAUUGUCAGAGGCUGUGCAGAUGAUGCAUCUAGGCGGAAGUGGCGCUCCUAAUCUGGGCAUGCGACAAGGUGAUUUGGUUGAUGAGAAUAACCAGGAUGGUCCGACUCGUGCCUUAUGGAUUGGCAGCAUUCCAGUUUCCACCACAAUCACUUCUUUGGCAGCCAUCUUCAGCAGAUACGGCAAAAUCGAGUCCACUCGGGUGCUGACACACAAGAACUGUGGAUUCGUCAAUUUCGAGCGUGUGGAAAGUGCUGUCCAGGCCAAAUCAAUACUCAAUGGCACGGAGAUCUUCCCUGGCGCAGGCCCGGUCCGAAUUGGAUAUGCGAAAGUUCCUGGCACCUCUGCAUCCGGGACUCCUGGGGUCAACGGCAUCCAGUCUUCUCCAACCCCUGAUCCCAACGCCAAGUCGACCACUGCUGAUGGCGUGGAAAGCUCUGAUUCCGGGACUGCUGUUCCACAGAUACCUCCCCUCCCUGAGCUCCAGCCAGAGAUGGUGCAGAUCGUCAAGGAAUUUGGUGCUAGUGACGAAGACACGCUUAAUAUAACCGCCAGUAUCCAGCAGGCCAUUGCUUAUCAGACAUUUGAAGACGAGAUCCCUCCCAUCCCUGAGCCUAGUCAGACCAGGAUGUUUGAUGCUCCACGUCUACGUGAUAUUCGCAAGAGAAUUGAUAACGGCGCAUGCUCGGUCCAGGAAAUCGAAGAGACUGCGAUCUCGAUGCUCCCGGAAAUUGCAGAGCUUUCCUCUGACUACCUGGGUAACACCGUAGUGCAAAAGCUUUUUGAGUUCUGCUCUGAACCGAUCAAAGAGCAAAUGCUUGUUCAAAUUGCACCACACCUCGCUGAGAUUGGUGUCCACAAGAAUGGUACCUGGGCUGCGCAGAAGAUCAUUGACGUUGCUCAAAGUCCAAAUCAGAAGAACAUGAUUGUGGAUGCACUCCGCCCGUACACCGUCCCACUUUUCCUUGAUCAGUACGGAAACUACGUUUUACAAUGUUGUCUUCGCUUUGGCCCUUCGUUUAACGACUUCAUUUUCGAAACUAUGCUGAGCCGCAUGUGGGAGGUCGCCCAAGGACGGUUCGGAGCUCGCGCGAUGAGAGCCUGCCUUGAAAGUCACCACGCCACCAAGGAUCAGCAGCGCAUGCUUGCGGCCGCAAUCUCUCUUCACAGCGUGCAGCUCGCGACAAAUGCAAACGGUGCGCUUUUGCUCACAUGGUUCCUCGACACCUGCACUUUCCCUCGCCGGCGAACUGUGCUUGCGCCAAGACUUGUGCCGCAUUUGGUGCAUCUCUGCACCCAUAAAGUUGCCUAUCUAACGGUUCUAAAAGUUAUUAACCAACGCAAUGAGCCUGAUGCUCGUGAAAUAGUGUUGAAGGCACUUUUCUUCAGCCCUGGUGACGAGGUGUUGGAGAAGAUUCUGAGCGAUCAAACAUCAGGGGCGACCUUGAUUUUCAAGGUUCUGACCACCCCAUUUUUUGAUGAAUCCAUGCGUGCCGAGGUUGUGAAGAACGUGUCGAAAGUUCUCACCAAGCUGAAGGCCACACCAAGCCAAGGGUAUAAGCGACUGAUGGAUGAGGUCGGCCUUUCAUCUCGUGGCGGUGCACGGGAUAACCAUCAUGGACGGGAUAAUUCGGAGAAGCAGCAGCAGCGUCCCGCCUCUCGGCCUGCACCUUCGAAUUAUCCUUCUCAGUCAUCCGUGGACAGGCAGUACAAUGGACAGUACGUUCCCGCUAUGCUUUCCCAAAACUUGGAGAAUGCCCGGGCCGAUCAGCAGUCUAGUGUUGCAUCUUUUGAUCCUUAUGCUAUCAAUGGGGUGAAUGGUCUGGGCUCUGCAGGCACAAUCAAUUCUUUGAAUGGUGCCUCGGGAAUUAACGGCUCUGGCUUCGGUCAAGACCCUUUGUUGCCACUUCAACAGGCACAGUACCAGGCUUAUUUGGCUGCGCAAUCUCGCGGCGUCUCACCUGGUGGAAUGUAUCCGAACCUGGGUAACGCUAAUUUUGGAUAUCCGGGCGGAUCUCCCUCGAUAGACAAUCUUCGGGGCAUGCAGGCUCAGGCUACCCCCUUGUCUGGAGUUACGCCGAUGAGCCCUCCAGGCUCUAUGCUUAACCAGUCCGCCUUUGGUCCCCAGCAGUUUAGCCCUGUUAUGAACACGGCUCAGAUGUAUCAGUAUCCUCCUCAAUUUAAUUACCAGCAACCUGCCCAAGGACAGUCUGCUGGGGGACGACGUGGACGUGUAAGUGGCUCCGAGUCUAUAUGUGAGCAGCGGCUACCUGGUACAGAAGCUAACAUCGUCUUUCAUUAG